AUGGUUGAGCACUUCUUGGGAACCUGGAAGCUGGUCUCCAGUGAAAACUUUGAAGACUACAUGAAAGAACUGGGAGUGAGCUUGGCAGCCCGGAAUGUGGCUGGGCUAGCAAAGCCAAGCGUCAGCAUCAGUUUUGAUGGAGAGGCAGUGACUAUCAAAACAGAGAGUUCUUUUAAGAACACGGUGAUCUCCUUCAAGCUGGGGGAAGAGUUUGAGGAGACCACAGCAGACAACCGGAAAGUGAAGAGCAUCAUAACAUUAGACAGUGGCUCAAUGAUUCAGGUCCAAAAGUGGCUCGGCAAAGAGACGACAAUCAAGAGACAAAUUGUAGACGGCAAAAUGGUAGUGGAAUGCACCAUGAAUAAUAUUGUCAGUACAAGAGUCUAUGAAAAGGUGUGAAGAAACAUCUACAGCAGUUACAACUUGUGCACC